AUGGAGAAGAUGAAGCGCGAGGUGGAAGGCCAGCGCCCACAGCAGCCACAGCCACCUCAGAGGAUCGGCGGACCAUCUAGGUCCAAGCCCAGGCAUGAGGAGUGGAGGAGACCGUAUGAUAGGCCCCACCAUCAGUCUCAGGGGUCUAGGGGUCUUCCUCAUCAGCAGGGUCGAGUGCAGUGCUAUAUAUGUGGGGGACCUCAUCUGAGGAGUGCUUGCCCGCGUAUGGAGGGUUACCGUCGGUGCAACAACUGUGGCAAGGAAGGCCACUUUGGGAAGGAUUGUCCUACCCUUGCUAGGACAGCAGCACACCAUCCAGUUCAGACUCCUCACCAGCACCAGCGGAGAGAUAGAGGCAACCGGCCUCAGGCGACAGGCAGGGUAUAUGCCAUGACCGGAGCAGAGGCUGCAGGCUCAGGUAAUCUUGUUAUAGGUCGAUGCAUGAUAGCGGGUGAAUCUUUGUGUGUGUUGUAUGAUUCUGGAGCGACACACUCCUUUGUGUCAAUUGCUUGUGUGGAGCGUCUGGGUUGUGAACUUGCAGUAUCUACCCCGGCAUCGGAUUGUCGGGAGAAGAAGCUACUUUUUCUCGAUGCGGAGGAGCCUGAGUUGGUGUCGUCUCAGGGUGUUAUGAGGGAAUUACAGGACGGUGCGCAGUGCUACAUGAUCUUCACACAUAUGGAGGUGGAGGGAGGAGAGGCGACGUCGGUGAUACCAUUCGUCCAGGAUUUUGGGGAUGUGUUUCCGGAGGAGGUACCAGGGUUGCCUCCCAGGGAUUGCAGUGGACCCGGCAAAGGUCGAUGCAGUGGUAAAGUGGGAAAGUCCUAA